AUGGCGUCCAAGUAGGUGACACGAGCACGAUCACGACCACGACCACGACCACGAGAUCAACUCCAGUCACACCAAUGCUAAUUCCCACAUAGGAAGGUACUGCUGCUCGGAUCCGGCUUCGUCACGAGACCUUGCGCCGUCGAGCUCGACAAGGCCGGUGUGCAGGUCACUGUUGGUCAGUAGAAUCAAGCCUCUCUUCGCUAGUCAUCACCGUUUGCUGACAAUCACAAGCUUGCCGUACCCUCGAAAGUGCAAAGAAGCUGUGCGAGGGCCUCAAGCACGCCAAUGCCACAUCGGUCGAUGUUGCCAACAAGGAGGCUCUCGAGAAGGAAAUCUCCAAGGUCGACCUGGUCAUCUCUCUGAUCCCGUACACUUUCCACGCUCAAGUCAUCGAGGCUGCCAUUAGCCAGAAGAAGAAUGUCGUCACCACUUCAUAUGUCUCCGAUGCCAUGAUGGCCUUGGACCAGAAGGCCAAAGACGCUGGCAUCACCGUCUUCAAUGAGAUCGGCCUGGAUCCAGGUAUUGAUCAUCUGGGCGCCGUCAAGACCAUCUCCGAGGUUCAUGAGCAAGGUGGUAAGGUGACCGGUUUCUGGUCUUACUGCGGUGGUCUCCCAGCCCCUGAGAACUCUGACAACCCUCUUGGUUACAAGUUCUCCUGGUCGCCGCGAGGUGUGCUCUUGGCGGCAAGGAACACCGCCGUUUUCUACAAGGAUGGAAAUAAGGAGACGAUUGCAGGCGCCGAUCUCAUGGGCAACGCAAAGCCUUACUUUAUCUACCCAGGCUUCGCUUUCGAGGCCUACCCUAACAGAGACAGCACUCCAUUCCGGGAGCGAUACGACAUCCCGGAGGCCAAGGAUCUCGUCCGUGGAACUCUUCGCUACCAAAACAACCCAGCCAUUGUUCAGACCUUCCAGGACCUCGGGCUUUUGAGCGACAAGGAGGAAGACUUCCUCAAGAAGCCGAUCGCAUGGAAGGAAGCCUUCGCAAAGAUUGUCGGCUCCAGCAGUCAGGAGGCUAAGGACCUCUCGUGGGCCGUGCAAUCCAAGGCCAAAUUUAAGGAUAACACUCAAAAGGACAUCGUCUUGGACGGUCUGCGCUGGUACGGUCUCUUCAGCGACGACAAGAUCGAGCCACGCGGCACUCCUCUUGACUGCUUGUGCGCCACACUCGAGAAGAAGCAGCAGUACUUCGAGGGCGAGCGUGACUUUGUCAUGCUGCAACACAAGUUCCGCAUCGAGUGGGCAGAUGGAAAGGAGGAGAUGCGCACCUCCACUCUGACUGCCUACGGUGAGCCGACUGGCAGCGGCGGCUACAGCGCGAUGGCCCGCCUUGUCGGUGUGCCUUGCGCGGUGGCUGUGCUCAUGGUUCUCAACGGCGAGAUCUCGGACAAGGGAGUCCUGGCACCAGUCACACCAAAGUACUCUGAGCCCAUCCGCAAGAAGCUGCUCGACUACGGCAUCGACAUGAAGGAGAAGGUCGUAGCAUAG